AUGGCGGGCAACAACAAUGUCACAGUUGCCAUGCCUGGCCAACCGAACUGGGAAAUCUGGUGGCAAUGGUCCAAAUUCGACAAUUUUCAGCUGGACAUUGUCGGCUUCCUCGCCUUACUGGGAGAAGGAGCUGUACUCGCUAACGCACAGGUCUCAGCUCUAUCGCGUCUGUCCUUCCUACCAAGAUUGAUACCGGCACCGCAAGCUCUCAUUCGGACUACGCGACCAGUUGAGCUCCCGCGUACGGCCGGCAAGGUCACCGGCGUGCAUUCUGGCAACACAAAGCCUCAUGUCCAUCAUGUCGCACAUAUUCUCCUCCAGACCAAUCCACCUAUGCCGUCAUACACCGUUCGAUGUGUAGAGCUCAAGGUCAAAAAGAAUGAGAAACGAGAACCAACCUUUCUGGACAAGGCCCUCCGAGGGCAGCCAAAUGUUCCUCCUGAGCUCCGAAAGCAGGCUGACGAGCAUCCCGAACUUCGCGCUCCGCUUGUCAAGGCAAAAGCUACUGGACCGCAAACCUGGGUGGCUCUAAUUGGUUUCCUAGAAGCUGUUAUCCUCCUGAUUAGCUCCAUCGUUUUUGGUGACGGCAUGUCGCUCUUGGCUACCAUUUCAUUAUCACUGCUGUCCACUGUGGUCGGUAUAAGCAAUAAGUGGACUCUGAAAUUGCCUACGGCCGCCAGCAAUUCGACCAAGGGGGAUCUGGUAGUUCGAUACCCCAACGGCAGUUUCCUUGUGGUCAAGUGCGAAGAAGUCGUUGCUAGAGCGCUCUAUUUCGCUCCUGAGGAGAUUGACUACCUCGUCCAAAACCCGAUUGCAUACCAGAUGCUUUCUCUGCUUGGCACAAUCCUUCUAAUGCUGGGAAUCGUAUUUCUGGCAAACGCAAAACUGCAACUCCAAUUUGCCUGGGCGGGAGCGUACGUUCUCAUCAACAUUUCGCACUGGGUAGCAGCAGCCUUGCCGGAAAGCUGGCACUGGGACGUGUCAUGUUUCGAGAUCAAGGAACAAGGGGUCCAGGGGGGUUGGAAAUCUGACAACUUUACUGUAGCGUUGUGGAAGGCCAUCCUGAUCACCAAGGCUGUUGAGUGGGUCCCAGCCAACGAGGCAGCACCUAAAACAGGUGUCUGGAGCGAUUGGGUGAACAAAGCGGAGGAAGAGGCGUUGAAUCAUGAGACGCACGAUGCUCCCAUGGAAGAUAGCAUCUGGAACCCAAAAGGUGUCGAGACAACCAUCUGGGACGGGCCUGAUGAAGACGAUCAAAGCGCCUGGAAUCCAAAGCAGGUUUGGGAUGAACUGGCAAAAGAGGCAGCGACAAGAAAAGGUCAAGCAGCAGAACCAAAGGAGCCAGGAAUAACAGAAGACUCGGCAACAGACGUGACGGACGUUUGA